AGGAAACGCACGGCUUGUUGUGUUUUUGGCAACAAGUUAUCUCGACGUGGUUAGCCUUACUUCUUACUUAGUCGUAAACAAUAAAAUAAAUGUCUGUUGUCAUAAAGCGAGGAUGCAUUGACCGGUGCUAAGAUAGCAUAGCACGCAGGAUUGUGGAUGACGGACAACAUUCCCAAGACUUUUCUUUGAAGUAUUUUUACUACUUGAACUUGAAUGCUGAUGUGGUAAAGCAAAUCCAUGGAUGUCAACACCGAGUCCAGCCAAGAGUCUCCUGCAUGGGAAAGCCAGGUUCCAGGAGAAGAUGACAUGAAAUACCACCAGAAAAAGGAGAAGCUAAGGGAGCAGAUGGAAGAGAUACGUCACAUUAUCCAAGAGAUGAUCCAAGAAAAUGAGAGCGUUCGUCAAAUUGAGCGACUGGAACUGAAGGAAUUCAACGUGGACAAUGAGAAGCAGAGGAGACACGACACCAUGAUGGAGCAGGAAGUUGCCAGGGUGAGAGAUGAAAUCCAGAUGCAAAUUUGGGAGAGAUGCUACCUGUGGGACGUCCUAAAGAGAGACUGCUGGGACUCCCUGAAGGUCAAAGACAGAGCUGUGAAGGCCUUCCACACAGAGCAUGAGGUGACCAACUACCCCCUCAAGGAGCGACCACAGAAAGACCUGGACGAGCUUAAGGAGGUUGAGAGUAAAAGGAAGAUGGAAGUGGAUGCCGCCUCUAAAGAGAAGACCCAAAAGCCAGGGGAGAUCCCCGAGGCCAUGAGUGGACUGGCGAGCAGCUACUCUGCCGAGCUGGAGCUCUCGCAUCCUUACCUCUAUGACCAGUUCAGCCUGCAAACCACAGAGCAGAAGAUGAACCAGAUAGUUCUGCUCCAGGAUGUCAUCUACCGCAUCAAGACGGCCCUCAACACCAAGUUUGACGGCGUGUACAAGCAAAAAGUGCAGGAGAUUGCUCGGGUGAAAGAGAGGAACAAGCAAGUCAAGGAGCUCAUGGAGGAGCUGGAAAUGGUGGAGGACCUGUGGGAGCCCUCGCUCAACGACAGAGAGGUGCCCGAGAGGGUGUUCAUCGUGGACCACUCCCAGAUACGAGCAGAGAAGUACCUCACCCCACAACAGCAGGAGGAGGAGGAGAAGAAAAGACUGGAGGAGCAAAAGCGCUUGGCUGCCAAGAGGGACAACGUACGGGGCAGGGCCCUUGACGACAUGAUGGACGGAGUGCUGGAAGUGAAAAAAGACAGCAUUUUGAAAUCGGAGGUCCCCCAGCCCGAGUUCAUUGUGGCCAAAGCUAACAACCAGUGGAGCGAGGAGGAGAAGAAGCUCUUCAAAGAGUAUGAAAAGAAAGUCAAGGAGCUGACUACAGAGAAGGACAAAUACAGAAAGUCGCUGGAAAAUGAAAUCAAAGGCCUCCAGAAAGCCACCAAAGAUGCCACCGAGCGCUUCGAUGACAGCUUGAGGAAGCUGUUUGAGAGGAAAAUAAAGUCGGACAUGGCCAUAUGUCAGGAAGAACUGAAGAUGAAAAUUCUAAGUUAUUCCAUGCUGAUGGAGGAGGUGAUGGGCAUCGAAGAAGAGGAGCUGCGGCUGAAAGUUGGACAAAUGCUGGAAAACAAGGGGAGGAUGGCGGAAGAGUUGCAGCGCUUUGAAAGAGACUUGGAAUUGUUUCAGGAGACCUAUGAGAACAUUGUCGCAGAGGACAAAGCUCUGGACAAAGAAUUCCGUAAGGAAUUCCCUGGUCUUCACAAAGCCAUGGUUGACCAGCUGUACAAGCUGUUCAAGCGAAGACCCAGAGGUCCGAAGAAGCACGCCAUGGAGGAAUUGGAUGCUCCUAGAAAUAUCCCAGAAGGCUUGAACACAACAGUCUGGGAGAAGUUUUGUCAAGUCCGCAGAACCAAAAUAGACAGUGAGCAUAAUGUCAAAGCCAAAGCGUCCAGUCUGGCAGCCCUGCAGGCGACCCUGUACCAGAAGCAGGAUGAGGACCAUGUUGCCCAGCAGGAAAUUCAACACCUCACACAACUGCUGGACAAUCUGCGUGAGGAGAAGAAGCAUUUCCUGAAGGACAUCAUGGUCCAGUUCCUACUCAAACAGGGCCAGGUGGAGGUGACCAACACAGAUCUCAUACCUGACUACAGCGACUCCAUUCUUCUCCACAGGACCGUGGUGGAAGACCUCAAUCAGACCAUAAGGAGCCUGGGCGAGCAGAAGAUAGCCAUGCUGGUGCAGACCAAAGACUUCCGUAAGGGCAUCAUCCAGGUGGAGUGGGAUAACACCAUGAGGAGGAUGCAGAUAGAGGACCUCCAAAAUAAAGAACGGGACAUCCAGAUGCUACGCCUCACAGAGGACCACAAAGAGUAUCUGAAAACAGACAGCGACAGCCGUGUCUGCAAGCAGGCUACGUCCAUGAAGGAGACUUUGGCUUUGCAGCAGAAGACGUAUUUGAAGGACGUGAAGCAUCGCAAACAAACUAUCAGACAUCUCCACGCUCAGGCCGCCAUGAAGGAACACAAGAACGCCGCUUUGGACAAGCAGAUCCAGGACCUGCAUGUGACCGUGUCCCAGAUGAGACACAUCAGUGAGGCGUCAGCUAUGGAGGCGAACGAGGCGGUGAACACUGAGCAGCGCUACCAGGAGGUUCUGCUGCUGCGGAAGCUGAAGGACACGGCCAGAAUCCAGGCAGAGAAACUGGCGUUCCUCAGCGCCGAGGCCCAACGUUUGGGAAUGAGGAACUACCCUUCGCUGGUCCAACUCAAGUACAACUGAGACUUGGCAACAGUCAGACAAGCAGCUUUUAUUUCCAGUUGACUUGAGUAGCCCUCAGCUACAACGUGAAAUAAACAUCAUUUGGACUUCAGUGGGACCUCUAAGGUAGAACACCAUCAUUCUUUCAUUCAUGUCAACAUUUGUAGGAAGGAAGUCACCCUGCUCCUUCCAGCCUUUGAAGAGAAGAGCAGUUGUGGAGUGAUUUUUACACCCGUAAAAGAUGACUUCCUUAUUGUGGUGGACUUCCAAGCUUUCUUUGUCAACCUCGUGGGUGUGUUUGAGAGCACAUUCAGGAAGUGAAAUCGUCUUCUGUGCGGUCAAAGUGCAGGAUUUUGUCAUCCAGUCCAAAGAGGUCGAUGAGCUCGGACAGGCCGGCCUUGCGUCCAUCAACCGGGACGUCGGACUGGAGCUGAUACAGUGCAUCCUGGGCACAAUGCCGCCACUUGUCGAUCAAGGUCUGGAGCUGUGUGAGGUCAUUCUAGAGGGUGGAGGACAACAGGAGGUGAGAAGUGGUCGGGAGAGGCCAUCUGAAGUGACCCACCUUGCGUCUGUACAUCUUCACCAUCGUAAGUCGACGUAAGGUCUCCGUCUUGUCCUUCACCUCCCUGCUGAGUCGCUCCCGUUGCUGUGCAAAGUCUUCAGAAUGACCGCCCACGCAUCCCGGAAUCAUUACGGAGAACUUUUCACUCCCGGCUCUGACUUCCUGUCCAUUGACGCCAGCAGACAGGCUGACAAGUGGAGCGCUUGUGUUAGUAUUGUGCGCUAUCUGGGAAUGUGCUGGAAGCGCCGGGCCAUCCUCCUCCUCCACGCAAAGGCGCUUGGCCACGGCGAAAGGCGAGGUGAAGGAGCGCCGUGACCUCCUCAGACGCUCCUUCAGGGAGCAGCUCAUCUUCCAAGGAGGCUGCAGAGGCGACAAGCAAAGCAUAAUCAUCAACAUAAUGUUCUAUUCAUCACCGAACAAAGCCAUCCUAUGCUGUUAAAAACAAUGAGAAUGAUUUACCGUCUCAUUGGCUUCAAUCGGGCUGCUCUCCAAAAGUGACCGAGAACUACACGCUAACUUAUUUGACAUUCUGCGCCGUGACCCCCAUGAAACAACAAGAACUAACCAAGCGUCCCUCCCUCAGAAUGUUAGCGACAAUUAGCCAAAUUAACAACUGAAACGAACCUAUGGGAAACCUUAAAUCAGAGAAGGCGACGUCAACGGAAACCGUUUUCUGCGUUUCCGUGUUUUGGGGUUCGGAAACCCUCCAAAGCAUGUGAUUGGUUGGACUGUGAUGACGUAACGAAGUGAAGGCUCACGGGAUUUGCAGUUCGUGUUGCUAUUUUCAGUUCUCGCUCACAAAGAUCAAUUUCCAUUUAUCAGUAUUAUAGUACAUUCAUAGUAGUAUAGUUUAGUGUAUUAGUAUUUCAUAUGCUUUUAUCCAAUGACGUUUGGCAUACUUUUAACGUAUUUUGUCAACUAUAUCUUGUAUGAGCCACUAAAUUCCAUGGAGUGUUGUCAGACGCUUGACGAAGGAAGUCACGAGGCGAGUCAACGCUUCUCAUCAUCGGAUUUAGAUGAAUUCUUCUUGUCCAGCAACAUCCUAUGUCUGUUUGGAAGAUUGUUGUAUGAUAGACUUGUAGAUUAUUUACACAAACGAGUCAACAUUUAACCUUUAUCCUUAGUCCUAUACCCUUAGUUCCAGCCCCCAUUUGGACUUUCUGAGUAACCACAUGGAAAAGGAGUGGCUUUUUGGGAAUCUAGAAGCAAUGUGAGAUGCGAGAGAGUGUGCCAACUCUUCAUCAAACACAGGUGUGUGUGCUAGCCAGCCAUAAAUAGUGGAGAAUUCACGCCAAGCCUGCUCUCGGAUGCCAGGUAGGCUGCCCACGUCCUACUUUUUCUCACUUUCGUGUUAUCCCCGAUGUUCUUCCUGCCAGUCAUUGAUCCUGGACCUGGGAUGACUUCAUCCAAAGAUUGGUGUCAGCCUGCUCUAUAAUCCCAGCCUAGUGAGGGUGUGACUUUACAAACACAAGAGAGCUCCUGUUUUCAUCUUGCUGAGAGACGUGUAACCACCCCGGCCAGCAUGAUGCAUGAUGGGGUGGUUGCAAAGCAUUCCA